UUCCCUCACUAUUUCUGCUCUGUUUUUUCGUUUUCUUCUUUUUUGCUUUUUGUUUUGCGCUUUUUUGUAUGUUUUCUUCCUUCCCCACCUUUAAUGCUUCGUUUCUGAUAGUUUUACAUGUUUAAAGAAGUGCCUUCAGAAAAAGUACCUCAUAUUUCUCUCCAUUGAUUCUUUUCCUCUGUUGUGGCUCUGCUUCUCCUCUGUAAUCUCUUCUCGUUCAAGACUUUAAAUUUUUUUUCGUUUUUCAUCAAACAGAAGUGAACUUAGUGGCUUUUGAUAAAUUCUCUGUUGCAAGAAACAUUGACCUCGUUUAUGGAGGUGGAAGCGUUGGCUUAAUGGGUCUGAUAUCUCAAGCUGUUUAUGAUGGUGGACGCCAUGUCAUUGGAGUUAUUCCCAAGACACUCAUGCCAAGAGAGAUCACUGGAGAAACAGUUGGGGAAGUGAAGGCAGUGGCAGAUAUGCACCAAAGAAAGGCAGAAAUGGCUAGACAGUCUGAUGCCUUUAUCGCCUUACCUGGUGGCUAUGGGACUCUUGAAGAGCUGCUUGAAGUCAUAACAUGGGCUCAACUCGGCAUCCAUGACAAACCGGUGGGAUUGCUGAAUGUGGAUGGCUACUACAAUUCGUUGCUGUCAUUCAUCGACAAGGCAGUGGAGGAAGGGUUUAUUAGUCCGAGUGCUCGCCAUAUCAUCGUGUCAGCUCCAAAUGCCAAAGAUUUAUUGACCAAAAUAGAGGAAUAUUUUCCACGCCAUGAGAGAGUUGCUUCAAAGCUAAGUUGGGAGAUUGAACAAUUAGGCUACUCUCCAAAAUGUGAUAUCUCCAGGUGAGGGGAGCACAAGUAGACAAUACAUAUAUGUGCAGUGGACUAAUUUUAGGUGACAAAAGAAAGUUCCUAGAAUGGGCAUUGUUUUUUCUUUUGUUAGUGUAGACAUUAAAAAAAAAAAAAAUUAACCUCAGAAAUUGAAGCUACAUUUGGUUGGCAAGGAGAAGAAGAUGAAAAGAGAUGUGGGUUUGUUAAAUUGUAUGCAGGCUUACCUUUUUUUUCUCUUCCAUUUUCUUGGGAAUGACUGAUAGCUCGAGUUUAGAUAUAAAAAAGGGUUAAUUUUUUGUGUA